CUAAUUCCCGUGGAUGUCUAUUUGCCAGGCUGUCCACCUAAACCAGAGGCCAUUAUAGAUGCUAUAACAAAACUUCGUAAGAAAAUAUCUCGAGAAAUCGAUGAAGAUCAUAUUAGGUCUCAACAAGAAAAUAGGUGUUUUACUACGAACCACAAGUUUCAUGUUGAACGCAGUACUCAUACCGGCAAUUAUAAUCAAGGGUUUUUCUAUCAACCACCAUUCACUUCGGAGAUAACCUCGGACAUAUUUUUCAAAUAUAAAAAAAGUAAGCAUCCUGCCACGAAGCCAAGUAAUUAAUUAGACCGAAUCCUUUUUGUUUUUUACAAAAAUCCAAUAUACAAUAAAUAAAAAAUAGCAAGUCAAUCUUCAAGAAUUUCACCGUAAUGGAAAUGGAAAUGGAAAAGACUCAUACAAAACUUAUACAACAAAAAUAGCAGGAGAAAUAAAAAAUGCAGGGUCCUUUGUCUGCUUGGUUAGUCAAACAUGGACUUGUUCAUAGAUCUUUGGGUUUCGACUACCAAGGAAUCGAAACUUUACAAAUAAAGCCCGAAGAUUGGCAUUCCAUUGCUGUCAUCUUAUAUGUAUAUGGUUACAAUUAUCUACGUUCCCAAUGUGCCUAUGAUGUAGCACCAGGAGGACUGUUAGCUAGUGUGUAUCAUCUUACAAGAAUAGAGUCUGGGAUAGAUCAACCGGAAGAGGUAUGCAUAAAAGUAUAUGUACCAAGGAAAAAUCCCCGAAUUCCUUCUAUUUUCUGGGUUUGGAAAAGUGCGGAUUUUCAAGAGAGGGAAUCUUAUGAUAUGUUAGGAAUCUCUUAUGAAAAUCAUCCGCGUCUGAAACGUAUUUUAAUGCCCGAAAAAGGGGAGGUCCUGCGGAAAAAUAGCUCGGCGCCAGGAUGA